AACCCAUCUUUACCACACAGUUUGACAGGUAGAAGUGACCGAGUGACCUAGUUUCUCUGAGUUGUGUUUUGGACGUCCGAUGCGAACACCGUUUAAUGAGGGCUGCACUGAUGAUGUCACCGAAAUUGGCUCCUCCCCUUUCUCUGCUGCUCCUGCUCCUGAUUUCAGGUCUUGCUGUUGCUCAGAAUAACUGGAGUGUGAAUUACACACACACCUAUAUCUGUGCUGUAAGGAAAUCUACAGUGACCAUGGGAUGCAGCUACAUAUAUAAUUCAACCAAUUCCACAUUCCACCAAACUUUUUGGAGCGUCCAUUCAUAUUGGUUUGGUGACCUGUCUUCACGUGCAUCGUACAGAGGCCGGGUUCAGUAUCUCAGAGAGACUCCAAAUGACUGCAGUCUCAGAAUGACAAAUGUAGUACAAGAUGACUAUGGGAAAUAUUAUGUCACAUUUAAUACGUCAGCUGGAAAAGUGUUUCAGGAUAAGAACGGAGUUAUGCUUGAAGUCACAGCGCUCCAUGUGGAGAAGAAUCUUGCUAGAGUGUUUAUAGGAGAUGAAGUCAUUCUCACAUGUAAAUACAACUGCAACCUGACCGAGACUCCGACAUUCUUCUGGUACAGAAAUGGAAUUUAUUUUUCCUCCACAUCCUCCUUAAACCAGCUGCGUCUGCCAUCAGUCAACCGGAGUGAUGCUGGAGAGUACCGCUGUGCUGUGCAGAAAGAUGGUUAUCGCUCCCAUUAUCUCAGGCUUAAUGUGCUUACAGGAGAGAAAUCCAGUUAUAUGACGGGUUACUUGGUAGUUGUUGUAGUCGUCCUCUGUGGAGUCGCAGCUCUCAUUGCUGGACUUUAUUAUAUGAGGAGGAAGAGGCAGAAGGCAUCUAACAAUGUGACGAGCCCCUCACAGCAGAAUGCUGGGGAAGACAUUUCCACACCUCCAGACCCCAAUUCCAUAUCCGCCAACGACAUGUACAACACACUUGAAAGCAUUUACUCCGACCCUACUGAUGACACGUACACAGCUCUGGAUCUUCAGACCAGGUCCAACGGCGUGUACGACACACUUACAGAGGUUCACUCGAGUCCUCCUGAUGACACGUACACGAAUCCGGAUUCUCUGACCAUUUCUUCUGAUUACUACAAUCUACCAGUUUAAACAGAUUUACGAGAAGGAACAUUUCCUUAAGCCCUUUAUCACAAUUUAUUUUUUCAGAAUGCAAGUACGCAACAAUGAGAUCAUCAACAUGAGAGACAGAGAGAGAGAGAGAGAGAGAGAGAGAGAGAGAUGACUGAUGCUAACUCUGUUUUUGAAUCCAUAUUAACCUCAAACUUUAAUUAGUUUUACUUUAUUUGAGUGACAGCUUUGCAUUUAUGAGCAUUAUAUUGCAUAUGGGUCUUAAUUCUCUGAGUGAUAAAAGCGGUGUGUGGGGAUUUGUAACUGUUCUGCAUCACACCUGUGUACAUCCUUUUUCUACAUGCGUGCUCUACCUCUAGCUUGUUUUAAAUAGAUUUAUAUUUAGCCGCUCAGAUAACACAAUGUAUUCAUGCUUCAUUUGUUCUUUAAGCACAAACAUGUAUGUUGUUAAUGUUUUUUUUUAUUAAAGAAAUGUUACACAAUAAAC